AUGCUGUCGCUCGUUAGGAGUUUUCAUAGAUCAAGAUUGAUUUCCUUCGGGUUCGACUUCCCUCUUCUGCUCACAUUUGAACAUUCCCAAUUUGUGACUUCUUGGAGCAUGGAUGCCAUCGUGUGUCUGUUGCGGCUGAGCGCUGCCCAUAGUCUCCCUCUUUCUCCUCCAAGGUCAAUAUCCUCAUUCAUGGCCACUUCAAUCCUGUCUCUGGCCUUUUCGGUGCUUGCCUUCACCUUCACCAUAUCUUCGCCGACAAAACCUAAUCUUUUGAUGUCAGGCCAGCUUGCAGCUCCAUGGGACAGCACAUGGGCACUCAUGAUGGCCGUCUGGAUCUCACACUCGAUUUCCUCUCCUGGUCAAUUGGCAGAAGACAAGCCUUGGAGGAAGCCAAUUAGCAUCUGGAAAAUCUGGAACAAUCCUCGCCUCAUGGCACAUCCCUCCAAUCUGCUCACCUUCACAACCGACCGUUUCGCGAAAGCCACAACCUACCUCUUCAUCUACGUCUAUAUCCUCCCACUCACCUUCUCCCCCGCCAUCUUCCCAGUCCAGAUCGACGAUUUCUCUCCCGUCUAUACAACCUACUUUCGCCGCCUCCUGUUUCCAAACAACACCCCGAUCACAUAUCACGAAACCCUCGUCCGCAUCAUCUGGACAUUUCUCUGGGCUCUGGGUCCAUACCUAACCCUCGAAAGCGCACAUGCGCUCUUUGCCAUCUUCUUCGUGGCCAUUCUACGCACAGACGAGGCAGAGGAGUGGCCGCCACUUUUCGGAAGUCUCGCUGAAGCGUAUGGUAUGCGAAGAUUUUGGGGAGUGUUCUGGCACAGACUGAUCGUGAGAGCUUAUUCAAAUUUCGGGAGGGUUUUGGCGAGGAGGGCAGGAAUGGAGAGGAGGAUGGUGGUGGCUUUUGUGGUAUUUGGGCUCUCUGGACUUGCACAUGCGGCGACGGCGUGGUUGUUUGGCGACACAUAUUGGGGAUUGGAUGUUGUUUGGUUUCUGGGUUGUUUCGUGGUUGGAGCGAUGGAGACUGCUGGGUCGCAGUUAAUGGAGAAGGCCAUAGGGCAGGAGCCACUGUGGCUCGCGUUGAAGCGCAGUGGAUUUUCCAAGGGCUUGGCCGAAGUCAAUUCUCUUGCUUGUCCAAACGCCCCUUGCGCCCAUCACACGCUGUACGGCGGGAGUCAUGGAGUCUUUCGAGGGAAUGAUCUCCUUACGCAAACCUUGUCUUUUCCUACGAUGCCAACGAACUCCGACAAUCUAUCCCCGAGCGACCACCUAGUCCGCAAUCGUAACUUAUCACCUGCCACUGUUCUAUACGAAUAUAUAAUUUGUUUGCUAUUCUUGGGCAUGAUCGAGAGCAAUAUCCCUAACAUACACAAUGGGAAUCUAAGGCCUCCCUGCCGAAGCAUUUCUCCAAGGAAAAGUCGAAAUCCAUUGUGACUGGCCUCUAUUCUAGACCUCAGAGGGCGCCUUCCGCUACAUAUAUUCCCGAGGAGGGUUUUCCAGGUGAGUCACCAGCCACAGUCUGGGAUUUGGGAUUUAGUUCGACCAGAAAGGCCGUGAACGACAGGUUCAGAGACCUGAUCGUCGACAUUGUCGAUCAGAGUCUGCAUCCUGGUCAUAAGAUUGUGGUCCGUCUGAGAGGUAGUGUAUUCGGGGCAAAACGGACGAGAACUCAAACUUUUGUUGAGAAUGAUUUUGGUCGGGGGUUCUUAUGUCAAUCCUGUUGGUCCUUGAGGCUUGCAGCAGUCGCUCUAGACUUGAGAUGGGUGACAUGCCCGUACGUAGGAAGCCAAUUGUGUCCAUGUCAACUUUGCGUAAGAUGCACAGCUCAAGAGCCUUGGAUUUUCGGUCGCUGGAAUGGGUAUGUCAAAGUUGGCACAUCGCCGACCAGCAAUACUGUAUGUCAGGGUUCAGCCAGAGUGGAUCCUUGUCGCAACCUGG